AUGGGCAACGCAGAGAGCGGCGGCGGGGGAGGCAGCUGCGACGACGAAGACAUGGGAACGGAUAGCCCCGGUUUGGCGGAAGACAGUCCGGCCUCUGCGGCCACUGGUGUCGGAGGCUCCGGUCCCGGGAGAGGCGGAAGGCGAGCACCGAAGAAUGUUUCUGUGGCCGCUGGUGGGCCCCCAAGCCCCGCCGUCUUCUUCGAACAAGUGAAACUGAGAGAAGCAGCGGCUCGUAUUAGCGACUCGGGAGUCGUCAUUCGGGAGUCUGUCCUAGCCGGGAAUGAGGUAGUCCUGGUCCGGUGGCUGGAGGAACGGUUAAACCGUGGAGAAGAGUCGGUCAAUGUUGAACAGUUUUGUGAGAUGUUGGAAAGCAGGGAUGCGCCCAGAGAUGAAUGUGAAGAGGCCUUUGGACAGUUCGAUGCUGAGGGGGAUGGAGUGGUGGAUGUAGAGAGCAUGCUGAUUACUCUUAAGAACUCCAAUGGAGCUAAUCUACGGGGAGAGCUGAGUCAUGUAAUAAGGCAGCUACAGGCGUGCUCCUUAACCCCAGGUUUUGUUGACAUAUUUUCCAAGAGCAAAGACCGGUUAGGAGCACAUGCCUUCAAGAUCCUGAAAUUUUUGCAUCGGAAUCAUAUUCCCAGCAGUGCUAUCCCUUCCCCUAUUUUAGACGGCUACAACAGUAUCUGCACCAUGAGGUCAAGUGUGGUCCAGGACUUCCUGGAGUUCCUCUUGCAAAGGGAAAAAGAUCUAGAUAUACAGUACAAAGCAGAGCUAGACCGUGACCCAGAUGUAGACAAGGUAAAAGUGGUCACACAGUGUUACAGCACGAUAGAAGCAUCAUCCAACGUCGCUGAUGUUUACAAGAUGACAAACGGGGAAACGUCGUCUUUCUGGCAGUCAGACGGCAGCGCACGCUCACACUGGAUAAGAUUGAAACUAAAACCAGACGUGGUUUUGAGGCAUCUGGCCAUUGCUGUGGCUGCCAACGACCAUAGUUACAUGCCUCAGUUGGUCUCUGUAAUGGUGGGCAAAAAUCUCCAUUCCCUGGACAAGAUCCGAGACGUCCGCAUCCCCAGCAACGCGAUGGGCUACGUUGCACUUUUGGAAAAUGCCAACAUCACACAUCCAUACAUUCAAAUUAACAUCAAGCGUUGCCUGAGCGAUGGCUGUGACACACGAAUUCAUGGCUUGAAGACACUGGGCUAUCAGAUUAUGAAGAAUAAAGAGGUGUCCGUCUCAGAUGCUUCUGCCAUCUGGUACCUGUCUCUCCUCACCUCCUUGGUCACUGCCUCAAUGGAGACCAAUGCAGCGCUGGCUCACACUGUACUGCAGAACACUCAAAAAGCAUUACAACACAUGCCACCAUUGUCUCUUACACCAUCAUCCACCAAGUUCCCCAAGUUCUUUUCAUCGAAAAUCUUAGAGGAAGUGGACGCAUUUCUCCUCAGGAUAGCAGAUUGCUGUGUGAGUCCUGAUGCAGAGCUGACCCUGCUGGCCUUUGCUCUAGCCAGAGGCAGUGUGGCUAAAGUGCUUAAAGCCCUAUCCUGCAUCACUGACCACUUAGAGACAGAAUACAAGGCCUCCUCCCUCAUCACAUCAAUGGCUGCUGUUCGGUUACAACUACUUUAUCGAAAUGGAAAGCCCCUCCAGCUUCACUUACAGGCAUGUGAUGCAAAGAGUAAAGAGGAGAAAUCAGGACCAGAGAAUAUGCUUACUGAAUCCUCCACUGGAGAUGGUUUUCUCACAGAAAGUGGCAAGAGGAAAGCCAGUGUUAUCCUCUCAACUGAAGACCAGAGCAACUUUCAGGUCACUCAGAUCAAGAUCAACGUUCGAAAAGGGGCCAUCGGGGCCAAAUGUGGCUUGGUGUUUGCCUACAAAGAUGAAGAACCGUUUGACGCCUCAAAACAUUUCAAGAGGUUUAGAAAGUAUGACACAUGGGACUACAAAGACUACAAGGAGUUUGUACAAGACAAUCUGAGGAUUGCAGCUUUGUCUGAGGAUGAGCCCAUUGGCUGGUUUGAAGUAGAGGAGGACUGGAAUGACGUGGAGAUCAAGCUGCAGCAGUGUCGUGUCGCGAAGUUUCUGAUGGUAAAGUUCCUGUGCGCCAGGCAGGACACUGCCGAGCGACUCGGGGUGCAAUCCCUCAGCUUCAGUGGAUACUUGUGCGCUGGGACUGAGAAGCUUGAAGAUCUUGAUGAAAUUAGCUCCACAGGCGAGCGUAGCAAAAACGAUGCUGUCACUGGUCUUUAUCUUCUGAACAAGACUUUGUUCUUCAUUCAACAGCUCACACAAAAUAUGGAUUCCUCUCAAAUUAAGCUUAAGUAUCUUUUGGACUUCACUGAUCUUAACCUAGACCUCUUCUGGAGUUUCUACACUAAGCUAAUGGUGAUUGAGGGAGAUGAGGUGUUGAAGAGCAGAAUUCAUCUCCUACAGUUGCUACAGAACUGUUUCUCAAUGCUGCCUAACCCAGUGCCAUCUGAAAGUCCAGAGAUGAGCAGCACAUCAGUUGACAAAGCACCACCAGCAGAUGUCCCGUCCACAUCCAGCAGGGCAGAACCUGACUCUGUCAGGGCUGUCGAUGAGCUUUAUUCUCACCUCUGCCACAUUGUGAAUGAACCCGAGGGAGUAACAUUAGCGGAAAAAGCCUUGCACAAAGAGGCCAAGAAGGCCAUCCUUAAUGGGGCAGCCAUUUUCUUCCCUGAUAAAGACAUCCGGCGGAAAAAAUUGUUCCACAUGAUGAAAAACAUAGCAGAAGAGGAUCAGCUGCCGUCCGUCAAAAUUACAUUUGAAUCAUUAUGUAAUUACUUCAGUGAUCUUGAUCCAAGAGGCCUUCUCCUGCUCCCUCCAAAAGGAGCUUCCCCUGACUUUGACAUCAGCCCAAUUUUAGAGGUGAUGGAGACACUUCUACUAGUGGCAACACAAGAGUGUGAAGUUUUGAUGGCAGAGAGCAGUGGUGGAUUGAGCCGGCAGACAGUGUUGCUGUCGUUAUUCUGGGCUUUGCAAGGUAGCCUUCUCUCUUGGUGCUAUCUCCAGCUUAAAGGAGGAACUUCUACUGCUGUUACCAUGGAGCUGGCCAGAGUCAUCCUAUUAAAAUAUGUGGAUCAGUUCUUAGGAAGUAUCAAAAAUGUACUACUCGGUUCCUUGCUGGAUAAGUACACUGGUGAUGAGAUUACAAACAAACUAGGCAAAUCCAUUAUUGCCACAGUCUUCAGACAACUGCUUAUUUUCCUCCUGGAACUUUGCACAUUGGACAUUCCUCACUGUCUGCUGCUCAAGAGCUUCUCUUCACUGAUUGUGCCCCUCAAAAAUCUGUACAGUGACAGAGAUGAUGUUUUUUCAAAGGUUAACCGUGAGAGCUGGCACCAACCCCAGGAGCCAGUGGUGCUGAGGACAUGGAUGAUGGAAUCCUCUCAUAACUAUGAAGAUAGCCGUCAUGAGACCAACAUCUUCGCCUGUCCUGGUGCUACGUCAUUUGAAGUAGAGUUUGAUGAACGCUGUGAGACGGAAAAGAGGUAUGAUUAUCUGGAAUUUACAGACUCCAGAGGUGGAAAGGUUCGUUAUGACAUGAAGGUUGGAAGUGAGAAAUGGCCAAAGAAGGUAACAUUUGACGCAGGCCCUCAACUUCAGUUCCUCUUCCACUCCGAUAGCAGCAAUAACGAGUGGGGUUACAAGUUCACUGUAACGGCAAUGGGUCUGCCAGACAUCACCAUUUUAUGGAUCUCUGACCUGCAGCUGCUAGUGGCUCGUCUAAUGGGACGUCUUGCCUCCAGAACCCUGGCACUGAAAUCACCUCACGAAAUACGCUCUGUGAAAGAACUUCCACCCUGGAAGGUGUCCCACGUUCAGUCUUCCCCUUUGUGGAAACCAAUUUUCCGACAUGGGUUGUGUGAGGCAAGGGACACGGAUCAGGAAAAAACAGUUCAGAUUGCAAGGCAUAAUCUUAAUGAUGUAAUGAGGCUUCUGGAGGACUUUGCUCGGUGGAACACUUCCCAGGAACCCGCAGACAGCGGAAUAGAGCUGAUGAGAAAUCUUGUGCAGUCCUGUAAAAAACAGGCAACGAGGAAUGAAAUAGCCACCGGCUCAAUGGCAGACCAUGCUGUGAAUGCCAUUUGGGCUGUCAUGAUCUACCACACGCCAGUCCUAAUCAAUGCCCUCAUGACCUAUGUCAAUCAAGAGUGCAAGGCAUGUCUGAAUGAGGACUUUGUGCAGGUGUAUGCACUGGCAGACAGUAUCAGAACUUGGAUGCUGGAGAUGAAGCAGAGAUAUAUUGUUGGCAAGAUGAAUGUCCCUGAUGAAAAAGAAGGAAGUUCUGAUGAGGUUACAAUAGAGACCUUAGCUGAGAUGUGCAUCGAAAAGUGCCUCCUGCUCUUCAGAUUUUCUCCUUUUGGCAUACCGUGCUCCGAUGGUGAUUUUUCAAAAGCUGCAGAGGGCAGCAAUGCUCCAAGUUUAGUCUCCGAAGACUAUUUCCAGGCUAGCGCUUACCUUGAACACACAACAACAGCAGCUACAGAGGAGACCAAGCCAGUACAGAGCCAUUCCUCCAAUGUCCUAAACUCCUCCUGUAUACACUGCAAGUCAGACAACAAAGGCUCCACUGAAAGCCUCUCAUCCCUCUCCCCCUCUGCCUUAACCCAUAAAGCUCCAUUCACUCGGGCACGGCUACGGCUCCUGUCGUGCCGCUCAAUGGAAGAACCCCGCACGACCCCAUCUAUCAAGGAUCGGUACCCGAUUCUCAAGCACAUACUCAACUUCAUUAAGGACAACGCCCUCACACCAGCAAAUAUUCUGCAGACAUUGUUAUUGAACAAAGCUCAGGCUGUUAGCGUUUGUAAAGUUCUGGAGAUCGUUCAAGAAUGUUUGCAUUCACUGGGAAAGCCUCACCUCUUUCAAGCCCCUUGCAUUCUGUUCCUACAAGAACUCUUGACAUGUCAGCAAGAUUUCACCAGUUACUUCUCUGAGUUAUCAGACAGUGGACGAAAGCUCGGGAAGCAAGUGCGACAGUCCUACCAUCAGUUGGUGUUAAUUUUGGUUGAGGCUGUGCAAGGAUUCAGUUCUCUCAAUGAAAAAGCUCUUCUACCAGCCCUGUCCUGUGUGCAAACCUGCUUGUUGCACCUUGUAGACAUAAAUUGGGAUGUGCACGAUGCUUCCCUCUUCCUGAACAUCAAGCUUCCUGAAUUAUUGCUCAGCAUGUCCCAGGAGAACAUUAGUGUUCAUGACAUUGCGAUCAGCCAGUGGACUGAGGAGGAUGAAAUUGCAGACUAUAAGAAGAACCAGGAGUGGAUGGACGAGUGCAUGGAUGGAAUGUUUGAAAAGUGGUAUGACAAAAUUGAUGAAGAGGACUCCACGGAGGACAGACGAAAGAUGCACAUGUUCAUCGCACGUUAUUGUGACCUGCUGAAUGUUGUGAUUUCGUGCGAUGGCUGUGAAAGGAUGGCACCUUGGCACCGCUACAGAUGUCUGCAGUGCAUGGAUAUGGACCUGUGCAAGACCUGCUUCCUCAGUGGUGCUAAGCCUGAAGGCCAUGAGGAUGACCACGAGAUGGUCAACAUGGAAUAUGUCUGUGACCAUUGCCUGGGACUCAUUGUAGGCAGCAGGAUCAACUGUAAUGUGUGUGAGGACUUUGACUUGUGCUUUGGAUGUUAUAAUGCAAAGAAAUAUCCUGACAGCCACCUGCCUACACAUCGGAUUACAGUUUACCCAAUGGUGACAAUUAGAAUAAGCGAUCGCCAUCGCUUAAUUCAACCAUACAUCCACAACUACUCCUGGCUUCUGUUUGCUGCUUUGGCACUCUAUUCUUCGGAAAUUAUUAGCAAAAAGCAGAUAGAGGGUGAAUCUUUGGACAGUACCACUCUGAGUCAAGUCUCAGCCCUACAUGCAUGCUGCUCCAAGCUCAUCACUGAUUGCUUACUCAUGGGGCAGACCAGCAAAGGUCAACGGUCUUCAGCUUUGCGCAAUCUGCUGUUGUCACAUGACUCAGCCUCCGACAGUGAGCUGUGUCCAGUCUCCCCAGAGUCUUAUCAGGAGGCUAGUACUGCGACUGAUACCUCAUCCCUCCCUGGCAGUACUGCUGCAGUCUGCUCUCCUUCACCGCCCAAAAACAAGACUAAACAAUCAGUGGAAGAGCAAAGGUUAAAGGAGGUCAACUCUGCUACAGCUGAAACGUCUUUAACACCUAGCAUGACAGAGACGGACAAAAGAAAACUUGUUACACAAGACACUUUGGAGUCAAUCAGCCUGAGCAAGACACCGUCUGUGUCCAGCGAGGACCCGCAAUCUCCUGUGAUCCGACGUAAUUUCUUUAAGAAGCUUGCGUAUUUUCACACUUCGGACGUUGUCAAGGAGACUGACGACCGGCUUCCCAAGGUCCCCCUUCAGGAGCAUGUCUUUGCAGAGUGCUCCAGGGAGAGAAUCCUUGGACUUCUAGCUGCCAUGUUACCGCCAGCCAAACAAGAAAGCACUCUGAGUCUUCCCAGUGUCAGCUCCAUCCUACACCAACUUUUCAGGGCUGUCAUUUCUAACGCCGGGUCUCUUAACGAGACGUACCACCUUACCCUCGGACUACUUGGGCAGCUGUUAAUGCGAAUCCCUCCGAUUGAGGCCGAUUGCGCUGUCACAGAGGCUUUAACGGACAAGUAUGAGUUACUGACACGUGGCGAGGCAGCUAUUUGUGACACUCAUGGCUGGAAGACCAUACAGCUGCUCUUCAGCCUGGGCGCCGUCUGUUUGGACAGUCGUAUUGGUCUGGAUUGGGCAUGCACAGUAGCAGAUAUUUUACAUGAUCUGAACUCUUGUCCUGGUUGGAGCACCGUGAUUGCAGCCUUUACUGAUCAUUGUAUUCAGCAGCUGCCACAAACGUUGAAACGCACAAACCUCUUCACCCUGCUGGUGUUGGUGGGCUUCCCUGAGGUGUUGUGUGUUGGCACGCAGACAGUCUUUGUUGACAACGCCAAUGAGCACCACACCAUGAUUUUACUCAAACAUUUCACAGAAACAAACCAGGCAGCAGUGGUGGAUAUAAAAACCCGCAAGAGAAAAACAGUCAAUGACUACCAACUUAUCCAGUCUCAGGAUUCUUCAGAAUGCCUUGCAGGGCAAACUGAUGGGCAAUGUUCCCCAAAGACACUGCUCAGUCGCUACCUGAACAACUUCAUCUCAAUUAUCUGCCACCUGAUGCAGACAAGCCAAGAAAAUGGCUGUCCUGAUGCAGUGGAGGCUUCCUGGGUUCUCUCCUUGGCUCUCAAGGGACUUUACAACACACUGAAGAAGCAUGGGGUGGAACAAGCUCAGGAAGCCGUCCAGCAGUCAGGAUUGACUCAGUUGCUCGUGAGCAAAUGCAGCAAGGGGACGGGAUUCAGCAAGCUGUGGUUGCUGCGAGACCUGGAGAUUUUGUCCAUCAUGUUAUACUCCUCCAAGCGGGAAAUCCAUUCCAUGGCUCAAGACCCCGAGUGGGAUCAAAAAGAGCGAGACAAGGAGCACGACUCUGACCACUCAAGCAGCACAGCUGAUGACACCGAUGUCAACAAGCCCGAGCAACGCGACGGUCUAGACGAGGAAGCUAAGAUUUGCUUUCAGAUCACCCACAAUGACUUAAACGAGUUACAAAUUAAAAAAUCAGACUCCUCCUUUAUGGUAGUGCAAAAGAGAUUUGACGGAGAGGAAAUGAAAACGGACGAUACAAGCCGCACUUCAGCUCAGAAAUGGCAUCCAAACAGACGGCCUCGCUCGGAGGAGAGAAACAACAAGGCUGUCGACACAGAUAUGAUUGUGGCAUCCUGCAUCUCUAAACCCAGUCAAAGUGAAAAGGCCACAGAAGAAGUCAACGUGGUGACACAGAGACUCAUCACCAACUCAGAGAGUGAUUUGCAGAUCAGCUACGCCAAACAACGGCGCACUAAAAGCUCAGCUCUGUUGCACAAGGAAUUGGAUGUUCGCAGCACUAGAGCUGUUCGUCAGUACCUAGUUAAGGUCAACCAUGCUAUCGCCACACUGUAUGCCCGCCACGUGCUAGCCUCCCUGCUGGCCGACUGGCCUGCCGAGGCGCCUUUGAGCGAGGAGGCCCUCGAACUGAACGGCGCUUCACAUAUGGCUUAUAUUCUGGAUAUGUUAAUGCAACUGGAGGAGCGGCUGUUGUGGGAAAAGAUUCUCCAAAGGGUAUUGAAAGGCUGCAGCCAAGAUAUGUUGUGCAGCCUUUCCCUCACUGCUUGUCAGUUUAUGGAAGAGCCAGGUAUGGCAGUGCAGGUCCGAGAAUCCAAGCACCCGUACGACAACAACACCAACUUUGAGGAUAAGGUACACAUUCCAGGGGCAAUUUACCUAUCUGUAAAAUUUGACUCCCGCUGCCACACCGAGGAAGGUUGUGAUGAAUUUAUCAUGUCCAGCAGCAGUGAUUUCCAUCACGAUGUCCACAUUUUUAGUGGUUCUCCUCAGAAGUGGUCCGAUUUUGAAAUUCCAGGUGACACCUUGUACUACAAAUUUAUGUCAGACAUGAGCAACACAGAAUGGGGCUACAAGUUUACAAUUUCAGGAGGUCACAGGGGUCGCUUCCUAACAGGUUUUGAGAUCCUUAAGCAAAUGUUAGCGGAUGAACAAGUGCUCAAUCAACUGCCAUUAACUGAAAUAUGGGAGUGGCAAGUGGGCGUGGCCUGUCGCCAGACUGGGAACCAGAGACUUAAAGCCAUUCACCUGUUGCUCCGCCUUCUCCAGUGUCAAUCCCAGACAGCCUAUCAGCUGACCCUGCUUCGACCUCUGUGGCAGCUCUUUAUGUCCAUGGAAAACAAUUUAAGCCAGGAUCCAACCAGUAUCACUGUGUUGCUACCUCUUCACAGAGCCCUCACUGAGCUGUUCUUUGUUGCAGAGGCUCGCGCUAUCACGCAAGGCAUCCUCCAGGAGUACUUGUUAGCGAUGACCACUGAUGAUCACCUCAUCAAUCAUACAGCACUGGCUCUGAAGAACAUCGCUGCCAUCAGCCUAGCUAUCGAUUACCCCAAUAAAUCUACCAAACUGCUGAGCGUAUCCCAGUGA